UAUCUAUCUAUCUAUCUAUCGACCUGAACAAGCUUGUUUCGAUGGAGCGCCCAUCUAUCUGCGUAUGUAAUCUGUUGUCUCUUGGAGCGUCGCUGGCCCUCAGGCAAUUGGGCAUAGGAUGCCAAAUUCGUUCUGAGCGGUUGGGGCCGAAUCAUCCUCUUCCUGACGUACACCCACUACAGGCGCCAUACGCCCCCUUCCCCCAAAAGCUCUUGUCGCCAUCAUCUGAAUGGCUGCCGAUGUGCAUUCUGCCCAUGCCAUUCGCUAUGCGCCGCAUGAUCCCCUUGAUGAAUGGCCGGCGGCGAUAGUUGAGCUUGAUGAUUUGCACAGAUCCAUUGGUGGGAAUGGCCUAGAAGGUGAAACAAGCGAGAAGGCCGAGCAGGGUACGUCGCCUCGCCAAGACUGCCGCCGAGCUGCAGGUUGAGUAGCGACUUGGAGCAUUGGCCAGCAGGAGAAUUUAGAAGCGACAGGGAGGCCCAGCGCAUUCCAAUUGUAGGGGCUAGUUAAGGAUAAUCAGCCUACGUACUGCCAAUCAAUUACCGAC